AUGACUUCCUCAAUGGACACUUUUAGCGAGGCCGAGGUCACCUUCGAGGCUGGGAACUGGGCUGCAGCCCGGGAAAAUUUUCAGAAAGGGCACAAGGACAAAAAAGCAAUGGCAGAAUUUUUGGCGCACCAAACUACACCUCAGCAAGCUAAAAGUAGCUGCCUUGAAGCUCAGACGAGGGCAAAUAGCCAAUACAAUCCAGGGCUGGGAGGGGUCCUGUCGAAGAUUGAGACUUUCAUGAAGGUUGGAGAUUUAGCGAUGAAGUCGGCUCCAGAGAGUGUGGGUUUGGCAUGGACAGGCAUACGGCUGUGCCUGCACUCGGUGGAGGAUGACUUUGCAACUUUCAACCUCUUCAGUGGGGCUGCUGCGGACAUCAUUGGCAUUCUCAUAUCGUGCCGUGUAUAUGGGAAGAUGUAUGGGGGACAUAAAGGGCCAGAGGAUUUCCAAGAGCUACACAGAAAGGUCGUGGAGUACAUACCCGGCAUAUACACGGACAUCUUGAAUUUCAGCUACGCGAUGAACAAGCACAUGGGGAGAAACACAGGCUUAAGAAUCAUCCGUGGCAUGUUGACAAGUGCAUCGGCCAAAUUCCAACCAAUGAUCGACGGUAUCCGAGCAAAUGAACAAACAAUGUCAGGGUACGCCAGCAAGGCCACAAAUCAGCUCACCAUCCACUAUCAAGAGGUCGGUCUACAAAAACAGGGAGUUGGCCUGCAAAUGCAACAGACUAUGAUGGCCGACCUGUCCGUCAUUCGAGACACCCUAGAGUCAUCGAUGGAGGUCAACAAGAUUUACCUUAACCAGAUCCGCCAAUUAGAGGAAGAGAAAAAGAGCAUGAAGAAGAAGACUCCUCUUGACAAAGCAAAGGAGCUUUUCGAUGACAAUGCGAAACGGUUGGAGCCAACUGCUGCGGCCGAGACUGCUCUUGAGAAGCACAAAUCACGAAGAGAGAAGGACACCUGCAACUGGAUAUUCGAGCUCGAAGAAUACAGAACUUGGCGCUCGUCAGCGGAGAGUAGCCUACUAUGGGUCUCUGGCGUGGGCGGCCUGGGCAAAUCGAUCCUCAUGUCGACCGUGAUCGAUCGACUCCAAGAAGCCUUUAAGGAGGACAAAAGUUGCUCUGUUCAAUACUUCUUCUGUUCCGCGGGCGAAGACUCGACCCGACUAGUUGCAAGAAUUAAGAAGCAGUUGCUGCAUCAGCUAUAUCGAACGGCACUCUCUGAUGAGUCGUCCGAUAUUCUUGACAGGUCGAACGAGGUGAUAUCGAAUUUCCUUGGGAAGAAAGACUCUGCAGAUUCAAAGCCCGGUUCCCAGCAGAAGAAAUCCGAAAAAUCCGUUGGGUUUGAGGACGCCUACCCCAGCCUGGCCAAGAUACUUGGCAAGAAGAUCUUCCUUGUCAUCGACGCUUUGGAUGAGUGCACUGAUAGGAGAGACACUGGGAUACUGAAGACGCUUCAAGAGACAAUAUCAGCGUCCGAGCUUCCACUGAAGAUUGUGGUCUGCAGUCGCCCCGAGCCAGAUAUAGUGGACGAUCUCGUCGACAAACCCGCUAUCAAGGUCGAAGAUCACAACGGGCCUGAUAUCGAGAAAGCCGCCAAAGCCAAGCUGGAAGAUUUGCCCGGUCUGUCAUCAGACGAAAGGGCGCUGGCCUGUAAAUCGAUUGUUGAGAAGGCAAAAGGGUUAUUUCGAUGCGUUGACCCGGCAAUUGAAUUCCUGAAAAAACCUUGGCGGCGCCCUCUGGAGAAGAGGUUGGCGGAGUUGCCAGAUGGUCUCGACAACUCGUACCAGCAGAUUUUGCGCCAGACCGAUCCCGAUUACCUGGAGCUUCUCAACGUUGGCUUGACCUGGAGCAUCUUCGCCCAGAUCAAGCCGACUGUCGCUGAAAUUAUGGACGACUACAGCUGCGCCUACGCGGAGGGCAUUGAGGGCACCGAUGAGAAUCCUUACGACACUAUUGACAACCAUUUGAUUGGGGAUCAAAUCCGAAGAGCAGGAAGCGGCACCUUCCUUGAAGUGGCCGGAAAUGAGGUCUCUGUUCGACACACCACUGUCAAAGAGUUCUUCCUCAAGGCAAAUCCGGCAGCAGACAUCCCCAAUGGUCAUUGCGUGGACGACCUGUGUGCUAAAUGCCAAUCGAAAAGGUCUGCUGACCAACCUUUGACCAUGUCUGAGAAAGAGGGGCAGCUUCGCAUGGCUAUUACAAUCUUCAAGCAUCUUAAUUCGCCACUCUUUCAGAGGCGGUACCUUCGAAAAGAAGAUGACGACAUCAAGCCAGCAGAGCCAGCAGAUGCAAUCCCAAAUCGGACAGAUGGCGCCGUGAACGAAGACUCGAAGAACGGUGAACAUAGUACCGUAGCAGCCAAUGAUAACGGGUCCCCCAACAAAGCGGCGGAUAGGGCAAGUCUGGUGAGCGGAGAUCCACCAGGUGAAAACGAGAACGGUAUCACUGCUGGUAGCACCCUUAAAGAAUCAUCCGCUCUCGGUGGAGAGAAGGCCCCAUUGGACGUCGUCGACGUUGAUGACACUAUGAACGCGCAGAACGCUCCAUCGAAUGGUGACGACUCCAAGCACCUUCGCGAGGAUCCCACAAGUUUGGACGUAGAGCCAAUAGCUAAGGAAGGUGGUGAAGCCGAUGCUGCGGUAGCCUCGGAACAACCUAAUCAAGAGCCAUUUCCAGACGACGAUGACGAUGGUGAAGGCGGCAGGCGAGAUUCGGAGAUCUUCGAGGAACCGGUGGCCGAUGGUGCCCAAGCGCCUGUGAGACCUAAACGAUAUGAGCUUUCCUAUUGGCCUGCCCACCUCGCAAGUGCGGAGAAGGUUUGGACAGCGGAAGAACGCGAGAAGAGCGACGAGUGGAAAGAGCUUUGGAAGCUUGUCAUACGAUUUGUUUGCGAGAGCCCAGAGGCCUUCAAGAUAUGGCAACACCACUACAUGGAGCUUGAUGAAAGCUACGAAGCCGACAACACGCUCUUGAGUCCUUUACAAGUGGCCGCUGCUUACGAUAUACAAGGGCUCGUAAAGGUACUCCUAGACCGCGGUGAGCCGGCGGCCGCAGAAACCGAAGAUGGGCGCUCGGCGCUGUGGUUUGCGGUAGGCUCACCUGAUAUCGAGAUCGUAGCGCUCCUCUUAGAAAACGGAGCGAGCCCUAAUGCACGCAAAGACUUCCCACCGCCAUUUCACGUCUUGCUAUGGCGGACUCCGAAACUCGAAUUUGUCAGUCUUAUGCUUGAGCAUGGGGCCGACUGCAACAUCGCAGACCAAUGGGGGUUCAACGUCAUGCACUGGUUUGCGCUGUUCGGUUCCGAUGUCGAGGUUCUCAAAAUCCUUUUGAAAGCGCAUGGUGACAUCAAUGUCCCCGAUUCGUUCGGAGAGACUCCGUUACACAAAGUGAUGUACAACUCUCAAGACUUGUCCUUGGACCUACUUCGUGCAUUCCUGGAUAACGGUGCCGAUGUCAACAAAGAUGACAAAGACUCACAGAGGCCAUUGUAUGAGGUUUGCGCUGUUGGAAAUACAGAGGCGGCCAAGAUGUUGCUUGACCAUGGAGCUAACAUUCAUGAUGACGAUCUCUUUGGGCAAACCGGCGUCCACAUCGCAGCUGCAUUCGGGCAUUUAGACAUCGUUCAGCUAUUAACACAACGCGGCGCCAACCUAGAGCUGGGCGACAAGCAUGGACGUACCCCAUUCUUCCUCGCCUGCUCUAGUGGACAUUUAGAGACGGCACGUUUCCUGCUUCAAACGAUGCGCGAAAAAGAGCACAAUAGCAUUCAGACAGCCAUGAACGAUGGUAGGACUCCUCUGAGCAAAGCAGCUGGCAGAGGCCACGUCGGAGUCGUGAGGAUGCUACUCGAGGAGAUUGACGCAGCCUCUGCGGUCAAUGUCCAAGAAACAGCACAAAGGAGGACAGCACUUCACUGGGCAGCCUACAAUGGCAGGAUCGAAGUUGUAGAUGUUCUUUUGCAAAAGGGUGCCGACGCGACGAUCGAGGAUUCAAAGGGCAAGACCGCUCUUACUCUGUGUGGACAGGGUUGGGCAAAAGACAAGUCCGGCGACCGGAUACCAACCAUCGUUGCUCUGGUCGAUCAUGAUCGGGAGACUGCUGCCAAAGACACUGAACUCAUGGCCGCCGCUGCCAUCAAAGGAAGCACGAAAGUCAUCGAAAAAUUGCUAGAUGCGAGAGCACACCCGAGCAAGCAAGACGAGCACGGCUGGACACCACUGCAGUUAGCAAAGCAGUAUGGCAACACGGAUGCUGCAACCCUCUUGGCCAAGCGCGGUGCUGAGGUCGGAUCAAGGCCUAGUCGAUGGAAUACAGAAAAUGAGAAUAUCAAAAUGUCCGAGGAUGGCUGCGAACUUGAAUACGUAGGAGAGCCGUGCAACGAUACAUCUGGAGUCCAAAUCCUUGCGAAUCAUCCAAUACCAGCUGGGAUCGAGCGCUUCUACUACGAAAUCGAAAUCAAGAAGGACGUAGGAGAUGAUACAAAACUCUUCAAUGCCAUCGGGUUCUCAACGCAACCUGCGCGCCUUGAUCGUAUGCCAGGCUGGUAUAACGCCACAGCCCCUAGCUUCGCCUACCACGGCGACGAUGGUCGUCUCUACGCCAACAGUAACCAGUCAUUGAAGGAGUAUGCGGGCUCCUAUGGUAAGGGGGACACAAUUGGUUGUGGUGUCAUCUAUAACGACAGUGUCGAGGGGACGAUCUUCUAUACGCGGAACGGCGAGCCUCAAGGACCCGCAAUUGACAAAGACGUCAAAGGUCGUCUUUAUCCGGUCAUUGGCAUGACAGAGCCUGCCGGCAUUGUGGUCAAUUUUGGUAACGAUGUCGAGAGCAAGCCCUUCAAGUGGGAGCUAGGUAAUAGCGGCAAAUACGACGUUGACGCUGUGAAGAUGAAAAAAGAGGAAGAGCCUGUCACGGUGCAAGUACCCAUCGAAUUUGGAGUCUCGAAUCCGCCUAUAUGA